AUGGAAAAUUUUGAAAUAGCACUUGAAAUUAGAAAAAAAUGUUUAGCAUCAUCAGACCAUCGAGCAUUCUCGUCUUCAUAUAUUAAUAUUGGUACAUGCUAUUUAGAUGAUGGUAAUUAUGCCAAAGCAAAAGAAUAUUUGGAUCUAGCAUGGGAACUUGACUCUAAAUAUCUACCAGUUAAUCAUCCAGAAUUUGCUACAACUUGUAAUAAUUUUGGUUUAUUAUAUGAACAACAACAUGAUUAUACAUUGGCAUUUGAAUAUUAUCAAAAAUCAACAUCAAAAGAACGUGCAAUGGAACAAAUUAGCAUUGCUCUUGAUAUUGAACAUUCAUUAAAUCCAAUGAAUCUUUCAACAUUAUCCGAUACACUCUAUGAAUUUGGUUGCAUAAAACUUGAAAUGAAUGAUUAUGAUACUGCACUGAAAUCAUUUCAACAAGCACUUGACCUAAGCCAUAAAUGUUAUGAUUCGAAAAAACAUCGAAAAAUAUCUAAGAUUAAUAAGGAAAUUGGCAUUACAUUAAUAAACUGUGGUCAAUUUGAAGAAGCGUUAAAAUAUUAUCAACAAGCAUUGCAAAUCGAAUUAGACGUUUUACCAAAAGAUCAUUUCGAAAUUGGUCGAACAUAUAAUAAUAUUGGCGCUGUAUUAUCAAAAUUAAAAAAAAACUCUCAGGCACUCAUUAAUUGUCAACAAGGUAUGGCUAUAUGUUUGAAAACAUUGAAUGCAAAUGAUAAAUUAGUUAUUGAAAUUCAAAAUAAUAUUCAAAUUAUAGAAGAAGACUUGGCGAUGGAAAAAUCAAUCGACGAAUUAUUAAACAAGUUUUCAAAGCAACAGUUGUUAAGCGGUCUUCAAACGUUAAGAAAUCAAUACAAUCAACAAAUCUCAAAUGAUAUUCAUUCUGAAAUCAAAGAAAAGGUGCAACAAUAUGAACAUAAUCGUUGUUCUAUAACGAAUGGACUGGUUUCAUCAAGUUCAGCAACGAUAAUCAAUGGCGAUAACAACAACAAUGUUUCAGCAAAUGAGCCACAGUCACAACCUAUGCAAUCAAACGCUUGUAUUCAUGGUCGUCGCCGCCGCCGCCAUCCGUUUCGAGUUUCGUUCAAUUUUAAACAUUCAUCAAAUCGUUAUCGUGUUAGUCUGUCAUCUGUGCAUCGUUAUGGUAAAUAAUUCAUUUGUUUUUCUCAGUGUUAAGAUUUGUUGCUGAUUUUGUACACUUUCAAUCUGAAUCUCCAAAUUCUUUUUUUUUCAAUUUGUUUCGUCAAAUAAAUGCUGUUUUAAAAAGAGAUUUAUCCACGCUAAUUGUUGUACAGUGUAGAAAAAAGCGGUCAGUAUCGUCACUAUGACAAAAAAUUUAAUUUAUGCAAUUGGUUUUUAUUAUUUUAUGGGAUGUUGUUUAAAAAUAUCUGUUUUUCAAAAUGGAAAGAGUUUUUCGAUUUUUGUGAAACAGUAAAUUUACAAUAAAAAAUAAAUCGCGAACAAACAAGAAUCAGUAGCGCUGAUCAAAUGUAAACGAUCCUUAACCUAAACUGUUUUCCAUCGUUAACACAAAAGGAUUUAUAGUUAUAAAGUCACAGGCUGAAAUUUCUACGAUUACACUUAACAUUACUUCUAGUGAGAAAAAAGCAUGGUAGCCGUUAAAGCUUGGCAGACAAUGAAUAGAUGCGAGAAAGAAAACAUAAUAAAGAUUUUGGACAAUAGAAAUAGAGCAUAUAACAUUUAAGAACUUAACAAAAUUUCUCUUAUCAAGUAGUAGUAGUUUUUUUAAGCAGCUGUAAGGUAUGUGUCAACGUUAUCAGUAGUUUCCGAGCUUUGAAAACUACAUUCUAGAAGCUCAAUAUAUGCUUUAGCUUGAUCAAAGAUAAAUAACCGAAUACACGACAAAGAAUACUGAAACGUCCAACAUACAAUGUCACUCGCCGAAGAAUAUACGUUUUCUCACUCAAUUUAUAACCACCGCAGCCUAUCGUAGUUUCAAAUCGUUCGAUGUUUAUUGUGAUUGUCGCAAUAGAAUCGAUUGUUCCCUUGCCUUACAAUUGAUUGUCAUUGUUCUCUGUUCAUUGUUAGCGAAGAAAUAUCAACCAAAUUAUAUUAGAAAGAACAUAGGCGUACAAACAGUGAAAUGUUCACAAUUAAGCAUUUAUUAGAUAAUCAAUAUUUGGCAUCAAUUCAGAAUAUGAUAAGGUGCUCCUAAUUCAAAGUUUCCACGGGAUUUUAUUUUUCCAGGAAACACGUAUUCUGAUUCGCGCGGAUGCGGUGAUCAUGAAUAUUACCUUUUUAGUUUAUUAAAGCGUAUCUUCAUGGGGAAAAACUCGAAAAACUCAGCAUAUGUCAAAAAUAGAAAAAACAUUACAUGGCGAAAAUCGGUUCUAGUUUUUUCCCGUUUUGUCCUAUAGCUCUGACAGUUUCUUUUUCUGAAUCUUUGAGGGAAUUGCAUAAAAGUUGAAGUUCUGAUGAAGAAAAGGACGGGAAUCGGUUUCUGCU